CUUGACGCUGCUUCACACCACUUGCGCCCACAUGUACACCAUCUAAUCCCAUACGUUGUGCGUCGUCGAUAAAUGAUUCGCAUAUCCCUGCAUGGUGCUGCAGCACGAGAGCCGAUGCAGCCCGAGUCAUACGCGCCAACACGGAAGAAAGAAGAAGUGGAAGAACCAAGGAGAACCGGAAGAAAGUGUUCGGACAGCCAAGUUUCGCCUGCAGCUCUGGCCAAGCAUCGACAGUGCCAAGUAGUCUCGACGAACAUUGAGCAAUUUUCAGGAUUGCAUAUGCUCGAGGUCUCCCUAACAUAUUCGAGUCGUGCGAGUAGAGUCACACCACUCUCUCUGGACGAGCCUUCUCUCCAAGAAGCAGGGAGAAGCGUCACGGGCGAUAUCGAGUUCGAUUCCCCGCUAGCCGAGUCUCUCUCGCAAUGUGAAAAGUUCCCCGCUGACACUCAAAGUCGGUUCGUUGGCCUCUGGACUGUUUUGUCAAAAGAUCCUAUGUCCAUUCUUUGUGACAUCUCCGCAAUCGCGCAUUGAUGGCCCCCCUCCCCACCUUGGCAACUGCGAUCACCCCUCACUUCUGGUGGAGUUCAGGGCUUGAGAUUGGUUUCAAAACCUCCAUUACCAAGUGCGGGUCAUUGCAG